CUGCACAUAGCCAGCCCACAACAGAUGCCACACACGCAUUGUUGUUCAGAGAGCUCUGGUUUUAGCACAUUGUUUUAACUAUUCAUGGUUUUAUUUUCUUGGUUUUAUCUAAUCGAAUUUUGUAUUUUAGUCUAUCACGCUCACACUUCAAAUGCCAGCCAAUACCUCCUUGGCUCUGCCGGUGGAUGUCAGGAAAAGGUAACGUUACAAGCUAGCUAGCGCAAAUGUAAUGUUGCAGUGCUGUCAUGUUCGGCUAGCUAGCAGCGCACUGAAUUCAGUUUACCCUUUGUCCUGUCAAAUAAGCACACAUGCAUGACAUUGGGUAAUUAUUAUUCUCACCGCAUCACACGAUCCACCAUUACAUGCGUGGUGAUAUGUGGCUCGUGCACAAUACUGCACAUCUAUUUUGCCACGCUGAAACCGCUCAGCUAACUGGAUAACUAGUUAGCAUCUUCCACACAGUUUGCCUAUGCAAUGUCUAGUUAGCUGUACCAACAUUGCGCCGUGCGUUGAGCUGGGAAUAGAUUUGGCGCCAAAUAAUACAUUAUGGCUCAUGUCAGCUGUUGCCUCUCACUUCAAUAUUGGAUGCAUGCAUGUUUUUAUUUCAUAGUUAGCUAAAUAAUGAUAACAUUCGCGUUAUCGCUCAGAAAUUGUUAGCUAGCUAGCUAUCAUCUAACAUUUCGCAAGUAGUCGCUAGCCGUUUUGAGUUGCUAUCUACAUCGUCUGUUUACAGCAUAACGUUACACUAGCUAUACUUGCUAGCUGGCUUAUCUUAUUCGAUGCUUGGUACAGUAACGUUAGCUAGGUUAGGAAUUCACAAUCAAGUCAGGUUCACAUGUCCAGUUAACGUUAAUUAGCUAGAAAGCUUUAGCAUUUAGCGUUAGCCACCUGCCAACCAGUUGUGCCAUGCUGACAUAUUAGAUUUGACUAUGUUCUGUUUAGGUCAUUGUAGCAAGUGGGUGACACUUUUGUUGUGUUACAGGCUGCAGGUGUUGGAAAAAGAUGAAGAUGGGAUCUCAGAUGAGGUGAGUGACCUGAACUACUAAGUUGGACAUCUGGUUUCCUUUUGUUACGGUUGCUGAAUACUUAUUUACGUUUUCUACAAUGUUAUUUCGUCGUUGACUGAUGCCCAGAAAGCCGAUCAUGAAUAUCCUUUUGUCAAGUUUUAUUAGUCUUAUGUACAAGAUACACAUGGUAUAUACAUCGUCCAACGAAAUGCUUACUUGCAGGGUCCUUCUCGACAAUGCAACAAUAAAAAAGAAUACAAGAGAAAGUAAAUGGCUCAGACUAGAAUAAACGUUUUAGCAUAAGGAUAAUACAAGAAUGCACUAUUUAUAGUCCAAUAUUUACACAUGUUUUGGGGAAGGGGGGGGCAAGUGUUUAAAUUGUGCAUUAUUUAGCAGAAGUGUAGCAUCUGUGGAUGAGUGUAUAUCUGUGUGUGAGUGCAUAUGUGCGCAGCGAGCCGGUUAAUGUUCAGCAGUCUGAUGGCUUGUAGCUAGAAACUGUCUCAGCCUAUUGGUAUCAGACCUCAUGCUCCGAUAGUCUUCCUGACGGUAAGCGAGUGAACAGCUUGUGGCUAAGCACUUUCAAUAACUUAGAUGGGGUAGAACCUUCCAAAGCAUGUCUUAAACCAGUUUAUUUUCCUCAUAGGACCGUGUCAACGAAAAGUUGAAGUUGGUGCAGGACUUCCUGCAUGCGGAUGCCCAGGACCAGCUCAGCAGCCUGAAAGCCAAGAUGAAAAGUUCAGAGAUCUCAAUGGUGAGUUGUGGAUGCAUCCUGCAAUCUAACUAAUCCACUGCCUCCUCACUCUGGCUCAUCACUCACUCCAUAGAGUCUUUGGGUUUGUCCUAAAUGGCAUCUUAUUUCCUAUAUAGUGCAGUUCUUUUGACCAGGGCCUGCAUGUUCCCCUCAGGAUGGCUACCUCUCUAAGGUGAAGGCCCUAUUGGGACGUGAGCUGUGUGUGGAGAAUGGCUCACAUGGUGAUGUGGAGCAAAACUGCAAGAAUGGCAAAACAAAUGGCUCUGCAGCAAAUGGCGACUCUCACAAGGAAGAGGAUGAUGAGGGAAACCACAGACACCCAAGAGGCUGAUGCCAUGAAGUCUCCUUCAGCCCCCAAAGGCAAGGGAGGGACGGAAGAGCAAGUCAGACUCUGAGCCUAAGAGUGAGUAGGAGUGGCUGGGAACAUCAAAUGUCUCCCUGGAUUAAUCUAUACAGUAUCCCUUUUCUGUGACGUCUCAUGCUCAAAGAUUUGUUCAGAUGUCCAUCUCCUAAUUGUUUGACCAAGCAACUUGUAAAACACCACACACAUUUUAGAGAAGACUGUACAUUUUGGGAAAUGACCAAGUGUUGAGGCACUUGGAUGCAUGUGAAAUCGAUUCCCAAUCCUUAAAUAAUGCAACAUUGUUUCUUUACAUUUGUCCAGAAUCUCCUGGUUCCAGGGUCACAAGAAACUCUGCCUCUGGGAAACAACCCACCAUCUUAUCAAUGUUCUCCAAAGUGUGAGUAGGAACUCUACUCCCCUGCACUAGAUUAAUCUAUGUUGCUUCCCUUAAUCUUUCAAGUUCUUAUGCAUUCUGCUCAUAAGUAAACUUUCCCCCUUGCUCCGUUGUAGUCAGAAGCGCAAGUCUGAUGAGGUGAAUGGAGAGGCUACAAAUGGAGAAGAGAAAGUGGAGCGGGACACAGAGGAAGAGGAGGUGAGGUGAUCUUAUUGUGUGGCACCUGUCACUCAGACGUCAUGUGAUUUACUCUUAUUGAUCAAUGCACCACCUAAUCAGUCCUUUCUGUUGUAGACACGGGAAGAGAAGCGUUUUAAAGUGGAGCCAGACAAUAAGUAAGACCUUUCACCUUUUAACCCCCUCCCGUCAAUUGGCCACACCCUUCCUCCAAUUUGCAUUGACUGUCUCCAUCCUCUAUUCUCCUCUCAGGUCAGUUGCAGAGGACGCCACUAGUGAGAAAUGAAACCAGUGGCUGCAGCUAAGGUGAGGCCCAUUCCUGCACUCAAGCUGUUAUAUCAUUUUGGUGCCGAGUUGCCAUGUCAGUAUCACUGAUGCUCGUCUCCUGUUUCAGACUCCACCCCCUAAAUGUCCAGACUGCAGGCAGUAUCUAGAUGACUCGGACCUCAAGUUAUUUCAGGGAGAUCCUGAUAAUGCGGUGAGAAACUCGAGGGUGUAAUACUAAAAGUGUGUAAGGUGACAUUUUUAACGCGUCAUUAGGGCCAACUGGAUAUUUGCUGAAUGAUUUGCACAAAAUAGGAUUUUAUAGAGUAAAACAAUAUGGAUCUAUUCUAGUUUGGUUAUUGUUUCAUUGAUUUGUUCUACCAGUCAAUGUGAGUCUUCUUACUUAUGUUGUAUACUUACAGCUGGAUGAGCCAGAAAUGUUAACAGACGAGCGCCUCUCUCUGUUUGACUCCAAUGAAGACGGCUUUGAGAACUACGAAGAACUACCCCAGCACAAGAUUACCAAUUUCUGGUGAGUGGUCCCUUCCUGCUGUCCCUUCAAAAUUGUAUAUAGCAUCAGCCUUUUAGUGCAUGUUCUUUGCUGUCAUCUUGGUGAAAGUGAAGUGUUUUUUUUGUUGCAGUGUUUAUGACAAGCGUGGCCACCUGUGUCCAUUUGACUCUGGUCUCAUUGAGAAGAACGUUGAGCUGUACUUCAGCUGUGCAGUCAAGCCCAUCUAUGAUGACAACCCCUGCAUGGAUGGUAUGGCCCUGAGGCCCUGACCUUUUUCACAGGAACACUGUUUAUAUACUUCACAUGUAUUCAUCCAACCAUUGUAAAGCAACUGUCUUUACUAAACAAUUUUGUGAGAUAUACUUGAGUGGUGUACCUAUGCCGAACUACUGUACUGCUGUUCUUCUAGGUGGGGUUCCUGCCAAAAAGCUUGGUCCCAUCAACGCCUGGUGGAUCACUGGUUUUGAUGGAGGGGAGAAGGCCUUAAUUGGAUUCACUACAGGUAAUCUCAUCAAGAUCUUCCUUUAGGUUUAAGUGGAUUGAACUUUAAAACAUUAGCCUAAUGCCUAUACUCAUGGUGUAUAUAAUGACUCUGACCUCUAACCCAUGACUUCUUCCCCAUCUCCAGCCUUUGCUGACUACAUCCUGAUGGAUCCCAGGGAUGAGUACGCCCCCAUCUUUGCUGUGAUGCAGGAGAAGAUCUACAUGAGCAAGAUGGUGGUGGAGUUCCUGCAGAAGAACCCUGACGUCAGCUAUGAGGACCUCCUCAACAAGAUCGAGGUGAAACACUAACAAGAACAUUUGGUGUAGACUCUUGACCAGGGUUGUGUUCAUUAGUGCAAAAUGUUUCAAAGUUAUGCAACAAUUAAAGUUUCUUAUUGGAUAAGUGCAGGUAGUUCUUUUUCUGUUUGGUGCCUAAUGAACAUGGCCCAAAUCUUCAUGCACCACAUGGCAACAUCAGCUGACUUGACUGACCACCUCUCCUUUUUGCCCCUCAGACCACAGUGCCUCCUGCUGGGCUGAACUUCAACCGCUUCACAGAGGAUACACUGCUGCGCCACGCCCAGUUUGUGGUGGAGCAGGUGGAGAGCUACGACGAGGCCGGGGACUCUGACGAGCAGCCCAUCAUCGUCACCCCCUGCAUGAGGGACCUGAUUAAGCUGGCUGGGGUCACCCUGGGAAAGAGGUAGUGAUAGGACCUGGUACUGUCUGAUGUUGCAACACUAGACUGGCCGUUAUGAGCGCAACCCCCCCCCCCCCCCCCCCCCCCCCCCCCCCCCUGUCCUUCCCCUGUAGUGCUGUCUGCUUGUCACUAGUAAGUGUGGCUGGAAGAGAGUCAACUCUCUCAGCAUGAAGUUAAAAUUGCAGUGUCAGUCAAUAGCUGGAUUGAAGGUGCGAUUCAGUCUUAAUUGGCUGUGGUUAUUUGAUGUUCAAACCAUAAAGCUAAAGGUCCAGCCACCAGAGCUGUGUAUGUUCCCAUGCUGAUUUGUGUUGUGGGACAGUAAGGGGCAAUGUUUGUCUCACUGCUGCUCGUUCCCUCUGAUCCCCGGUGUUUAACACUCCUCUUGACAUUCCCUAAUGCAGCAUGCUGUUGUACUGGUAGGUAUUCUACAGCCCUUCGGUCUGACUAUAUCCUUGGCUUGUUUGUUGGUGUGCAUUGCAACAAUUUGUCAUGGAUCAAUUUGGUGAACCUUAAAGCUCAUCCCAAUUUGAUGUCUGGUGUUUGUUUGUCAUAAAAAAAUACAUCUACUGCAUGGCUUCUAAAAGCACGGCUGCUUUGGUUGUCAAGAGCUUGAACACCGCAUUACUAACAGUAUUUAUUAUAAUAAUCAAAUGCAUUAGCACUAAACACCCAACCACCUGCUUCUUUCCCUUAAUAGGAGAGCUGCUAGAAGACAGGCCAUCCGCCAUCCCACCAAGAUUGAGAAGGACAGCAAAGGAGGGCCCACUAGAGCGACUACCACCAAGCUGGUGUACAAGAUCUUUGACACUUUCUUCUCUGACCAGAUUGAUCAGAAUGAGAAGGAUGGAGGAAUCAAACGCCAGCGCUGUGGGUGUCUGUGAGGUGCGUUACUAAGUGCCAAUCUGAAUACAGUUGAGCCAAGGCUUGGAGGGAGCCUUUUAUUUAAUUGCCCUUUGAGUAAGCGCAAACAUUCUGCUAAGCAAACUAGCUAAACCUUUAUGCAACUAAUUGGAAAAGUCUUCUGUUCAUAAUUGACGCAUGUAGUGCUCUAGAAAUGCCCUAGUCUAAAACACUCAUUCAUUUCUGUCUCCAGGUUUGCCUUGUUCCAGACUGUGGCAAGUGUUCAGCCUGCAAGGACAUGAUCAAGUUCGGGGGUAGCGGUCGCAGCAAGCAGGCUUGCCAGAAGAGGAGGUAAGUUGGCUGAUCUUUAGUGCCUCUCUUCCACCUGCCAUGGCUGUUUCUGAACAAACUCAUUACAUGUGGUCCUCUGUAGCUCAGCUGGUAGAGCACGGCGCUUGUAACGCCAAGGUAGUGGGUUCGAUCCCCGGGACCACCCAUACACAAAAAAUGUAUGCACACAUGACUGUAAGUCGCUUUGGAUAAAAGCGUCUGCUAAAUGGCAUAUUAUUAUUUGUUCCAGAACACUGUUCCUUCCUAUGAUCUCAUUCUGAAAAACACUAAACAGUUCUGAAACUCUGUAACUAACUCCAGACUCUCUUAAAAAACAACUGACAGUGUCAACUGGGCCUUGAGGUGGGAUAGGGGGCUAUGCUAGCCAGCUAAUGAACAUCUUCAGAGUCCUUUAUUUUAAGGCUUUAUUUUAAAUUGAGCUCUUAUGUUGUAGGUGUGGUGACUUGGGAAGCCGUUGGUUAAUGUGGUCUGCUCCCUUAUCAAUGACAAUCCCCCCCCCCUGCGCAGAUGCCCCAACCUGGCAGUAAAGGAGGCUGAGGAUGAUGAGAACAUAGAGGAGGAAGAGUUGUUGCCUGUACAAAAGGCCCCUGCAAAGAAGGUGUCCAAGGCCAAGACUAAGAAGCAGAGCAAUGGCAAGCUGACCUGGGUUGGAGACUCUAUCAAAGUAUGUACUCCUUAGUAUUGUAGGAAGUUAUUAACCUCAAACUGAUCAAAAUAUCCCUUAGUAUACCAGACUGUUAAUGUAUGUAAUUUCACUGACUUGCUGCAAAGCAAACAGCUCUUGGGAUAAAGGUUCUCACCUCUCCCUCCUGUGUUCAGACUGAGGGGAAGAAGCAGUACUACAUGAAGGUGUGUGUGGACAAUGAGGUGCUGGAGGUGGGAGACUGUGUUUCUGUCAGCUCUGAUGACCCAUCAAUCCCACUCUACCUGGCCAGGUAGGUUCUAUAACAGUUUAAGAAUCUUGAUUUAGCCUUUUAUUUGUAUUAUUAUUUACCCCUUUUUCUCCCCAAUUUUGUGGUAUCCAAUUGUCCCAUCGCUGCAACUCCCGUACGGACUUGGGAGAGGCGACGGUCGAGAGCCGUGCGUCCUCCGAAACACAACCCAGCCGAGCCGCACUGCUUCUUGACGCAAUGCCCACUUAACACCGUACACCUGGCGACCGUGUCAGCGUGCACUGCCCGCCACAGGAGUCGCUAGUGCGCGAUGGGACAAGAAUACCCCUGCCGGCCAAACCCUCCCCUAACCUGGACGACGCUGGGCCAAUUGUGCGCCGCCCCAUGGGUCUCCCGGUCGCGGCCGGCUGCGACAGAGCCUGGACUCGAACCAGGAUCUCUAGUGGCACAGCUAGCAAUGCAGUGCCUUAGACCACUGCGCCACUCGGGAGGCCCGACUUAGCCUUUUCUAUUGGUUUCUGUAUGGGUCAGGUGUUGACAGUCUUGUCUUGGGUCUCCAGGAUCACAUCCCUGUGGGAGGAUAACCAGGGGAAGUGGUUCCACGCCCACUGGUUCUGCCGUGGUACAGACACUGUGCUGGGGGAGUCCUCUGAUCCUCUGGAGCUGUUCCUUGUCGAUGACUGUGAAGACAUGCAGCUGAGCUACGUGGAGGGCAAGGUCAACGUCAUGUACAAGGCCCCCUCAGACAACUGGUUCUUGGAGGUAAGAAUGAAUUGGCUUUAUCACUCUUUAAGCUGAGUCUCUAGCCUGGUCCCAGAUCUGUUUGUGCUGUCUUUCCAACUCCUACAGUGAUUGUCCUGCAAAUGUCUAUACAGCUACUACUCAAUGCACCUCGUCACUGAUAUAUUUCGUACCACUGUGUUUUCAGGGUGGUAUGGUAGAGGACAUCAAGGUGAUUGACGAUGACAAUGGGAAGAAUUUCUUCUAUCAGCUGUGGUAUGAAGGAGACUGUGCCCGCUUUGAGACCCCGCCUACCUUCACACCCCAAGAGGACUGCAAGUACAAGUGAGUCAUAAUUGACAUUUGACAGCCCUAUCAGUACUUGAAGUACUUACAUUUGGAGCUCUGAAAAUCAAGUACUGGAAUGCCUUAAAGCUAACAUUUUCUCAGUUUGGUUCUUAAAGUCCUUUUGAAAUUGUUGUAGGAAAAAACAAUAUAAGCUCUCCUGCUCCAAUGAUUUAAUUUGUGAUCAGUUUGUGAGAUGUAGACUUUAGUUUAUUUUCUACAGUUUAAAUUGACUGGUGUUGCGGUAAAACCAUGUACGGAUAUUAUGAGGACAUCAAAUGUUGUCUUGAAUUUGGCUUGCCAUAUAAAGCAUUCCAUUACAAAGGGACAUUUUGGGGAUUUUCUCAUUUGAAAAACAUGAUACAAUACCCUUAAUCUCAAAUUGCAAAUUAUUUGAAUUCCAAUGCAUAGUGCCAUUGGAAAGGCUUGUAAAGUGGUAAUGCAGCCCCCCCCCCCCCCCCAAAUACCACAACAAUUAAAUACAAAUGUGUUCCCUGUAUUUCAGCUUCUGUGCCAGCUGUAGUAGGGCUGAGGAGAAGGAAGAGCAGGAGACUCCUCGAGUGUUUGAACCCAUAAAGGACGAGGACCACGACUCCAAGGCCUUCUAUGCUCUGGCCUGCCUGAAGGGAGAGCAGUUCAGGGUGGGAGAAAGCUGCUACCUGCCCCCUGAUGCGUUCAACUUCAGGUGAAUCUGUUUGGUCACCAAGGCAACUACUGUAGUUAGUUAGCAAGUUUACUAGCUAUCUACUUCAGUGGAUGUUGAACACAUUUCUAGUGGCAAAUGUGUUCAAUGAUAGCCUUGGUAUAAAAGGGAUAAUCAACUCAGGACUCUGCAUUCUCUGGAAAAUAAUGCAACUCCGUGGAAGCUUAGCUCGGCUAUGCUAACACAUUGUGGAACACCUUCCACGUUCAUUAUUUUCCAUAGAAUGCAAAGCCCCUCGUUGAUUCUCUUAUAUCAGUGGUAUUCAAAGUCGUGGGUCGUGGGUGAAUUGCAGUGGGGUUGCCGCAUAAAAAUAAAAUAUAAUUGGAACAAAUUAAGAGUACAGGUUAUUGUAUGGGACAAUUGGGAAAGAUGAUCUGAUAAGGGAUGAUAAUCUAAUGAAUUGAAGGUCAUUUGUUUAUGUAAAUGUAUCGAUUUUUAAGGUAAUUUGGAGGGGUUCCCGCUGAAAGUUUCAAUACCACUGCAUUACAUAGGCAGGGUCUCCAUUGGGGACAACUAGGCAAAUCGUAGUGUUGGCAAAUUCGACAUCCGCUUUGAACAAUUUUUUUAAAUAUCUCCCACUACCAUAACAUUUAUUUUCUUGUGUGCUCAGUGUGAAGGCAGCCAGUCCAGUGAAGCGUUCGCACAGGAAGGAGGACGUGGAUGAGGAGUUGUACCCAGAGUACUACAGGAAGCAUUCAGACUACAUCAAGGGCUCCAACCUGGACGCCCCUGAGCCCUUCAGAGUGGGACGCAUCAAGGAGAUCUUCUGCCACAGACGCAGCAACGGGAAAGCUGACUUGUCUGAAGUCAAACUGCGCUUGUACAAGUUCUACAGGUGAGCACCCAAGUCAAAUGUCAUAACUGCAAAGGAGGACCCCUUGGAUCCAUGGCAAUUUUAGUAACUUUCUACAAUGAGAAUUUCAGCCGACAAUGCAUCUUCACUGUAGGGGAAGUGAUCUGGUGCCAAUAUGUGCAUGUCUGUACUUUUGUCUUCUGUAGUUUUACUGUACGCUUAAUGUUCACCCUCUGUCAGGCCUGAGAACACUCACAAGGGGGCGAAGGCCGGUUACCACACAGACAUUAACCAGCUGUACUGGAGUGACGAGGAAGUGACGGUCAACAUGUCGGAGGUGUUGGGCCGCUGUCGUGUGGAGUACGGAGAAGACCUGAAUGAGACCGUUCAGGACUUCUCCUCAGGCGGACCUGACCGAUUCUACUUCCUCGAGGUGAGGCUGGACUAGAUGAGAAGCAACUUUAACUUCCCAUAUAAAUCUUGCACGCUAAGUAUCUGAGAUGAUGCUCGUUCGAGGAAGUUUGCUCAAGAUGGUAAUAUCGGUUUCUUUCUCACCCAAAGGCUUAUAAUGCUAAGUCCAAGAGCUUUGAGGACCCACCCAACCACGCACGCUCUGCUGUGAACAAGGGCAAGGGGAAAGGAAAGGGCAAAGGUAACUACUCUCUCCUCUGUGGUCCUUAUUGCCAGUCACACAGUUCUCUCAUUUUAAAAGAGGCUUCUCCGACUAGUUGUAACUGUGGAUCCAAACCCCCUGCCCUCCAGGUAAAGGCAAAGGGAAGUCCUCUGCUGCUCAGGCUCCAGACCAGGAGCCUCAGGACCCCAAGGUGCCCAAGCUGCGUACCCUGGAUGUGUUCUCUGGCUGCGGCGGGCUCUCUGAAGGCUUCCACCAAGCUGGUUAGUAGUUCUUUCUUCACUUCAACAGCUCAGGAAAUGUCUAGUUAGUUGUGGGUGACCACAAGGGAACGUUUCUAAUAUACAGGUAGAUUUUCUUACAAGAAUAAAGUUAAGAGUUCGUCAGGUAACAAACAUAGUGAUUGCAAUUUGUGUUGAUGCUCCUACCUGUCAGGUAUCGCUGAGACUCUGUGGGCCAUCGAGAUGUGGGACCCAGCAGCCCAGGCCUUCAGGCUGAACAACCCAGGCACCACAGUGUUUACAGAAGACUGCAACGUGCUGCUCAAGCUGGUGAUGUCUGGAGAGAAGACCAACUCCCUGGGCCAGCGGCUGCCCCAGAAAGGAGACGUGGAGAUGCUGUGUGGAGGCCCUCCUUGUCAAGGCUUCAGCGGCAUGAACCGCUUCAACUCCAGAACCUACUCCAAAUUCAAAAACUCUCUGGUGGUCUCUUAUCUCAGGUCAGUAAAACAGAUUUGCACAUUUCCAUACAAACAUAUGUAUGCAAUGACUGGCAUUCUUCUGUGUGAGUAUUAUUGAUGUGUCCAAGUACAGAAGCUCCAGUCUAAGUGAUUGGUGUGUAAUGAUUUACUUAGCCCCUACUAACGUAUAUUGUCCUCCCUCUUUUAGUUACUGCGACUACUACAGACCCAAGUUCUUCCUGCUUGAGAACGUGAGGAACUUUGUCUCCUUCAAAAGCUCCAUGGUCCUGAAACUGACUCUUCGCUGUCUUGUCCGCAUGGGCUAUCAGUGCACCUUCGGAGUCCUUCAGGUGAGUUAUUAGUAAACUUAAGCUGGCAUGUUUCUUUCAGAUUGACGAAUCCAAUAGUCUGCAGUAUUACGCAAUGUUUUUAGAUAUGGUACUAUAGGCUGUAUGUUAUUGUGGAAGUCAUUGAUGGCAUAUGCCUGACCUCUGCUGUCCCCUCUCCUCCCAGGCUGGGCAGUACGGCGUGGCUCAAACGCGGCGCAGGGCCAUCAUCCUGGCGGCCGCCCCUGGGGAGAAGCUGCCUCGCUACCCAGAGCCCCUGCAUGUGUUCGCUCCCCGCGCAUGCUCUCUCAACGUGGUGGUGGACGACAAGAAAUAUUUCAGCAACGUCACACGGUAACCAGCCACCAGUCUAUGUAAAAGCAUGUGUGGUUGUAUAGCUUGUGAAGGGUAAGGGUUGAAGUAGUUGUGUGGUUUGUCGAGGUUCUGACUGUUCCUUCCCGUUUCAGAGGUAAUGGCGGUGUGUACAGGACCAUCACAGUCAGGGACGCCAUGUCUGACCUGCCAGAGAUCCGCAACGGAGCGUCUGCUCUGGAGAUCUCCUACAACGGAGAGCCCCAGUCCUGGUUCCAGAGGCAGAUUAGAGGCACACAGUACCAGCCCAUUCUCAAAGACCACAUCUGCAAGGUACAGCUGCUGCCUCUUACAGUUAGUCAUCUGGUGGCUUAGCAGUAACUUGUUAGAACAUCCAUAGGUGUGGCUCUGUCUUUGGAGUCUCUUGGAUACUUUAUUCAGCUAUUAGACCUCUGUGCUCAGCAUCGCAGCUUAGUGAAGAGAUGGUUGGUUUUUACAGAAGCAGAGAGCACCACACUUGGGCAACAGAUUUGUUUUGCCUCGAAUGCUUGUGACAUUGGUUAAAUUAAUGGCACAUGGUGACUGUCUAAAUGGGCAUAUCAAAAUGGGAAUAUCUCUGAAUUUAAAACUAGGAGUAAAAAUGGUUGCUUCUCAAUGGAAUUAUGCAAUGAGAACUGUCAUGAGGGUGGUGUGGACAAUAGUUUGUUUCAGGGAAAGCUAAAUCCCUCUUUGGUUCCCAGGACUUGAGUGCCCUUGUAGCGGCCCGUAUGAGGCACAUCCCCCUGGCGCCUGGCUCUGACUGGAGGGACCUGCCCAACAUCGAGGUCCGGCUGAGAGACGGGACCACAUCCAAGAAGCUCCGCUACACCCACCCAGACAAGAAGAAUGGCCGCAGCAGCUCUGGAGCACUGAGGGGCGUUUGUACUUGCUCAGGAGGUACUCACCUUUAUGGAUAUUUAGGCCAUACAAAUGUAAAUGGAUUUCAUUUUUUGAAGUGCGCUAAUCCUUUAUUUUUGUAGACCCUCUUGUUUAAAUACGAUAGCAAUCUUCAACACCUAGCAACCUAAUCAGUUUAGCCUCUUGGCUUAAACAGUGGGUGCUUGGAGUGUUCAUAACUCUGACAGAUGGCAAAAUAAAUAGUCUUAAAGUGCUAUAAAAAUGAACAGAUUUUUCCAGGUCAGAUGGCCAAUGUAAUUUGGAUGGCAAAUCCAAGGUGGUCUGUAGACCUGUUCUGAAUUACAUCCUGUCCUCUAGGGGUGCCCUGUGACCCUGCCGACAGGCAGUUCAACACUCUGAUCCCCUGGUGUUUGCCCCACACGGGGAACCGCCACAACCACUGGGCCGGCCUCUACGGCAGACUGGAGUGGGAUGGCUUCUUCAGCACCACAGUUACCAACCCUGAGCCCAUGGGCAAGCAGGUAAGACCUAAUACUGUACCAGCUCUAUCAGAAUUGUUGUUGAAUGGCUAGGACCAUUUCACCUCAGGACACAGCCAUGUAAUAACAUAGUUGUUGUAGUUUGCUGUACAGAUGACUAGUCUACAGAAAUGUAUUGUGGCCCCUCCUGUGAUGUUGGAUGCUUUGGGUACUAAAUGUCCUCUUGUCAUGUUUCAGGGUCGUGUCCUGCAUCCAGAGCAGCACAGAGUGGUCAGUGUGAGGGAGUGUGCGCGCUCUCAGGGCUUCCCUGAUACCUACCGCUUCUUUGGGAACGUUUUGGACAAACACAGACAGGUACUGGACUUGGUUUCUGUUCUCUAUCAGGAAUUCAACCUCAAUCCCCUCCCAGAAAAUGCCUUGGGGUGACAUACUUUUUUUCUUAUUCCCCUCUCAGGUUGGCAACGCUGUUCCUCCACCACUCUCCAGAGCCAUUGGACUAGAGAUCAGGAAGUGUGUCCUAGAGCGGAUCAAGGAGGAGAAUGACAAUCCAAAAGAGAAUGAGAAAGGUUAGGCCUGUUGAAGGGGCAUUCUGCAGUAUUUAAUGCUGCUCAUUGGGCAUUUCAAUGAAUUACUGAUUGUGGCUUUAAUGUGGAUAGGAAGCGUGUCAUCAGCAUCCAUACUGUGAAUGUAAUUUUCUUCCCUCAGAAAACGGGAAGCAGGAAGAGAAUCUCAAGCAGGAGAAGAUGGAGUUGUCAGACUAGUGCCCUGCCUUAUUCCAAUCCCCUUUCCACUGAGAAUCAUCAAAUUCCCUGGAGCUCCUGAAGCCCAUCAAGCCUCAGGAGCUCCUGUUUUUUAAUAAUGUUCACUGACCACGUGGCCUCUCUGGACAGUCUGUGCAGUACCAUUCCAUGUUUAUGAUUUUCUAAAUGUGAUUUUAACUAUUUGCAAAUAUCCGCUUGGAAAGUGGAAAACUGUAGUUUUUAUAUGUCGUAAUAUUUCAAAUAAAGCUCUUAAAUGGC